AUGGGACCAGUUAGCCAACUUCAUCUGAUUCAUAAAAACAGGGGGAAAGGAGGGGUAUUGGACGGGUCCUUAAAUCUUCCCAAAUUGCGGGAUACGUUUGGAGACAACUGGCUUGAUUUACAGACAAUUGCUUCCAGAUGCUCACGGAACCGGCAAGGAAUUGCCAAUGGGUUCCUCCGAGGAAAGGUGAGGGUUUGGAGAUACCUGAAGGGGAAAGAGGUGGUGACUCAUGAGAUCCUCUUGGACGGCGGGAACAAGGUGAUGAUUGGGGGCUUUGGGGACCCCUUGAUCUGCGACAACCAGGUCUCCACGGGGGACACCCGGAUUUUCUUCGUCAAUCCCGCCCCGCACUACAUGUGGCCUGUUCACAAGAACGAACUGAUGCUGAACUCCAGCCUGAUGAGGAUUACUUUGCGUAACCUGGAAGAGGUGGAACACUGCGUCGAAGAUAAACCGGUCAAUUACUUCCCGCAGGCAGUGCCCCAGGAUGUUUGUCGAGGGAUGCUGUGUGGCUUCGGAGCUGUCUGCGAGAAGAACCCCACGGACUCUUCCCAAGGCGUCUGCGUUUGUAAGAAGGCGGCCUGCCCUUCAGUGGUGGCUCCGGUGUGCGGCUCAGAUUACUCGACCUACAGCAACGAAUGUGAGCUGGAGAAAGCUCAGUGCAACCAGCAGCGUCGCAUUAAAGUGAUGAGUAAAGGAGCUUGUG